AUGGCACCCCACACGAAUGUGAAGGAGGAAGGCAUUCAAGAGCCGGCUCCAGUCUCUCCAGGAGGAACGUACAGUAUCCAGACGGUUUCCGUGGGGUGCAAAAUCUACAUCCGCCGCCAAAAUCCAGAUGGCGAAACCGAAGAACGACUCGCCGAGGUCCUUUCUAUCCGUGACAAGCCCACAAAUCAGUACGGGAGGGCGAGUAUCGUCAAACAGGAGGAACCGCAAAAUCCUGCAGACAGACUUGAAUUUUUUGUCCACUGGGAUCAGUUCAACAAGCGCCUAGAUGAUUGGGUGCCCGGCUCGCGUCUCGUCCUCAGCCGGGACCUCGAGUGGCCCCGGCCAAAGCCAACCCCAGCAAGCAAGAAAUCUUUUGGGAAGAAGGUACCUGCCAAGGGCCGUUCGCAGUCUCUCUUGAAGAGGGCGGCGACCACAAAUGCACUCCAGGCCACUGUGUCUAUUAAAUCUGAGGUUGGGACCCCAGUGCCUACUACUCCUACUCCGUCUGGUGCUCCCAGUCCCUCCCCAGCGCCCAGUUUUCCGUUCAAACGGAAGGCCCCGCAUGAUGAGGAGGAAGAGGAGGAUGAAGACCUCGACGCCGAUGCAGACGGGGAGAUGGAUGUGGACGCAGAGGGUGAAAUGCUCGACCUCGAUGCAACAGAGUCACCACCCCAACCCCCGCCCGUCACUGCGUUCAGCAAAGAGCAGGAGAUCGAAAAGCUGCGCACAUCGGGGUCCAUGACCCAGUCUAUCUCCGAGAUUGCUCGCGUGAAGAAUCUGAACCGGCUGCAGAUGGGACGGCAUGAAGUCGAUGCGUGGUACUUCAGCCCGUAUCCCAAAGAGUACGCGCAUCUCCCAGUGCUCUACCUCUGCGAAUUUUGUCUGUGCUACUUCGGUUCUUCUUUCAUGUUGUCGCGGCACCGCAAGCGGUGCAACCUGUUACAUCCCCCUGGGAACGAAAUAUACCGACAUGAAGAUAUUUCUGUCUUUGAACUAGACGGGAAGCGACAGUUGACCUGGUGUCGUAAUCUUAGUCUCUUGUCUAAAUGUUUCCUCGACCAUAAAACCCUUUACUACGAUGUAACACCGUUCCUAUACUAUGUCAUGUGUCACCGGGAUGACUCUGGGUGCCAUCUUAUUGGCUACUUCUCGAAGGAGAAGGAGUCUGCAGACAACUACAACGUUGCCUGUAUUCUCACGCUGCCCCAGCACCAGAGGCACGGAUACGGGAAGCUCCUGAUUGAAUUCUCGUACGAAUUGAGCAAAAAGGAGGGGAAGCUUGGUAGUCCGGAGAAACCACUCAGUGACUUGGGACUCCUUGGGUAUCGCGCGUAUUGGGCAGAGACAAUUAUAGACCUCUUGCUCCGCAUGACCGACGAUAUCAGCAUUGACGACAUCGCACAGAAGACCUCCAUCACACACGCGGAUGUGAUGAACACCUGUCAGACCCUGCAGUUGUUCAAGCACUAUAAGGGACAGCACGUCAUCUGCAUUCCCGAAGCCCAUCAGGAGCGGUACCGCAAGGCACUUGAGAAGCGCAAGCGGCGCAUACACCCGGAAUGUCUGCAGUGGAAGCCGCCGACAUUCACUAGGGAUCAGCUCAGGUUUGGGUGGUAGGGUGCUUCGAGUUUGGACCGGACAUUAUAUCUUGUUGUAUAACCUCUUGUGUAUGAUGUAGUUCUAGCAGUCGUCCAUUAUAAAUACAAGCAUCGUAGU